CUGCACGCGACGCGCCGCGAGCAAGCCUCUGUGCGAGCUGACGGCUGCGGACAACGCUAAAAUUCUGAUCGGGCAGCUGCGAUAACUUCGCAGCCGGCGAGCGCUCAGAAAGCAGGCCUGAGGCUUUCACAUUAGAAAGCACCAGGAGGACCGCACGCGACGCAGCGCGCACGAGUGGUGCCGCAAGCGUCCGCACGAGCCGACGGCUGCGGACGGACGCUAAAAACCUGUUCGGGCCGCUGCAGAAUUAGCACACGAGCGAGCACUGCCUCCGCCGGACGGCAGUGAGUCACAACCAUGGAUACUGUAGUGGUCGCGUUCAUCAGCUUCAUCCUCCUGUUGUCCAUCGGCUUCGAGCUGGCCCACCACCACCUGAAGGAGACGACGCCGGAGGCCUUCCAGCCCAUCCUGACGUCGCUCUACUCCGAACUCACGCUACUCGGCUUUAUUGGGUUAUUGAUGUUCACGAUUUUCAAACUGGAGAUCCUCGAAGAGCUCUCGAAACACCUGUUCGGCGAGGGCGAGGAGAUCAAGGAACUGGGCGAGCAGGUGCACAUGGUGCUCUUUGGCGUCAUGGCGCUGUUCCUGGCCCAGGCCGUCGCGCUGGCCAAGUUCGGCGAAUUUAUACAAAGGAAGUGGUGGCGUGGCGGCGUCCUCACGUCCAUGAGCGUGGUUUCUUUUGCGAUUUUGAGUCUCUGGAAGACGUCGGGGCCGUCGCGGCGUGUCCGAGGGACCGCGGCCGAUGGCGUCACGAGACAGCGCCGCCGCGACGCCGUCGACGCGAUGCCACAUCGGACCGCGUCGAGAGAAAUGCCCCGCGCAGGCACGUCUGGGAGUGCACUCCGCUAGUCUCCAAAGCUGAUGAAGAAGAGCGGUAUAAAUCGUUAAAAGCCGCGGCGAAGCUCGCGAAGAACCCGGCGACGUUCUGGACCUUCGCGCUCAAGAACCGCAUGUCCGCUCGCGGCGUCCCGUCGACGCGCGUCGUCUCCAGGAAUGAUGGAAUGCUCCGCGCAGGUCCGAGAAAUACAGAUUAGUGUUACACACGGCCGCACGGUUAAGAUUCGUCGAGGAGAACGGCCUCGCGCAUAGCGAUUUUGAUUUUGCCCGCUACCUGGCCUGUCGGCUGGGCCACGCGCUGGGAGAAUUGGUUGAAGUGCCCGCGCAGACCUGGAUCCUGCUCGAAGUCGUGCUACUCUGCUUCUGGCAGGCCGAUAUUCAUCUAGAUCCUAAUAUGAGGCUGUUUCUGUGGCUGCUGACGGGCUACGCGACCUGCAUCGCGACCUAUGCCAUCCACGCGAAGCUCCGGUUGAUCCUCCACGACUACUGCGCGCCUUUUGUGGAGGCGGACGUGGCCAUGAUGCAUCGCCUCGGGGCCGCUGCCGAAAAAGAUUUACAUGGUCAUGAACGUUUUCCUACGAGUCCUAGGGCACCUACGAAAGAUGAUUCGGACGAGGAGGCGCCUUCCACAAUCGCGGCGCAGGGCAACGAGCGCACGAAGAGGCUCAAGGCCCUCAAGGGCGAAUCUACUCGCUCUUUAGUUGAUGUGCUUCCCACGCUACCGAUCCGUAGACGGGGCCCCGAAUCGACCCCAUUGCAGCCCGUCACAGAAACGACGGAGAACUACUGUGCACAGUUCUGGUACGUGCAGCACCCCGGGCCCCACUUCACGUUCGACCCCGUGUGGAAAUCAACUCGCGUCUCGCGAUCUCGGCACCGAAACUCGGACACGACCGCCGAGCGAUACCCUCGACCGUAUCCAGAGAGCAGCACCUCACGCAGGUUCGACAUGAUCCGGCUCAGCACGCUGAUGACGGCCAUUUACAUCGUCAUUUUUGCAUUAGUUUAUUUGGACGACUUGUUGGUUGGUAGUGACGAAGCUUUUGAAGAGAGAGGUGGGUUGGUAGGAGGUCUACUCAUUUUAUUGAUAGCUCUCUUACCGCCCCUACUCGUGCUGCGGAAGGUGACACGUAUUUUGGAGGACUAUGUGGUCGUGGCUAAUAUCUCUGAUUUAAAAAAUAGACGUACUAUUGAAAUAGUCUUGAGGCGGCAGAAGACGGUGGCGGCCUUCGAAGCUCUCAAGGUCGUCCAGUGCCUGCGCGACCCGAAGAUGCUCUUGAGGGUUGUAGGACAUACAUCAAUACCCUCACCUCAAUCAGAGGACCUCAGCACGAAGUUCAAGAGCCCGGAGCAGCCCAAAGCCAAGAAAAGUAUAGCGCUGUCCGAGUCGCCGCCGGAGGACUACCAGCCGACGCCCGAGACGUCGUCGACGCCUUUUGCGGCCAGAAAACGCCUCCAGAAGGAGCAGCGCGGUGCUACCAAGAGGAGGCAUCGCGCGUCCGUGGCUGGUCUCACGCAGUUGAGACAGGAGGAGGCGGACAUCUACGAAGCGCGCCAGCGGUCGCAGUGGCGCCGCAUUUUUGACCUCUUCGACGACGACGGCGAAGGUACGUAUCUCGGCGUCCCGUGGCCUUCUCUGAUGGAAACGCCAUCGACGCGACUCGCCUCCAUCAGACGAGGCCGUGAGUGGUCUCUUUGUUGAUUUUGAGGCCGUUCGGACCAAGACCGCGAUGCCCCGCGCAGGGAGCAUCGACAGGAAUGAGAUGCGCGACUUGAUGAGGAAGUUCAGCCCGGAGGCGACGAUCGACGAGAUCGAGGCGGUCUGCGACGCCCUCGAUAGCGACGGCGGCGGAGACAUCUCAUUCGAGGAGUUUUUCGACUUCACGCAAAAGCUGACGUUCCACAUGGCGGAUCUCGGCGUCCCGCGAUGCUGCGGUGCCUUCACGCCAUCGACGCGACUCGUCUCCAGGAAUGAUGGAAGUGGGUGGUUUUUUGAGAGAUUUUGAGCCGGUUCGGACCGCGUCGAGACCGCGACUCGCGCAGGCGUCCGUCGGCGACACGCGCGAGCUGGCCAAGGACAUGUUCGAGCUCAUCGACGCGGAUAGCAGUGGCGAGAUCACGGUGCACGAGAUGCACGCGGUCGUGUCGGAUUUGCUGGGCCUGGACCUGAGCGUCGAGGACGUCUUCAACGUCGUCCAGGACAUCGACGAGGACGGGAACGGGGAAUUGGAUUUGGAAGAAUUUGAAGUCUUGCUGGAGCGGUUUGGGAUCUUCGAGGACCUCAUGCAUGUUUCGACGUAGGGGGAAUUCACAGAUAAGUUUAGUUUACUUCUAGUACUUUCACACGUACGACCCUCCACGCCGUCGACGAGGCGUAGUAGGGACCGCGUCGGUGGCGCCGUCGACCACUGGCGGGCGUAAUAAGAACCGCCGCGUCGAUGGCGUCGCGGGGGAG